CACUAUGUUUUCUCCCGUAGGAUGAAAGAAGAGCUCCUGCUGGGUCAGGCCAGGGGUCGAGACUGGAGCAGCUCCUCGUGUCCCUUUUCACUGCAGCUGGCUGAAGAUUUUACUGCCUACAAGAGCCCAGGAAUGUUCACGUCUUGGUUUUCCGGGAGACAUAAUGUUUUAUUGCACUCCCUCGGACACCAUUUCUGUCUCUCCUUGUUUGGCAGCUAUGCAGCAGUGGCAGCAGGUGUUUACGUUUGCCCCUGAGGGGGAGGCUGAUAGGAGGAAGCUGAAGAAGAGGAGGGACAGUUACUCAAACAGACCAGCAGGAGACCAAACAGCAGCGAGCCAGAGAGGACGAGAAGCACAAGACAUCACAGCUUCAAUAGCAAAGACAGCCUAACGACACAUUUCAGGUGUCGAGAACAGAAACAGAGGAAGACGCUGAAGAGUUUUUGACCUCUCCUCUCAAGGAAUCACGUUCUUCAUUCAGGUGCAGCAACAGAUCUCUAAUCAGCAGACCUCCAGAGGCUGGAGCAGAGGGAGCACAUUGGGGAUACAAAGCCCAGUGUGUACAGCAGUACUAUGGGCAAGGAAGACAACGGAUAUGGGUCUUGGAGAGACGGUGAUGAGCCCAAAACAGACGUCCACGCUGACAAAAAGACCGGAAGCAACCAGCCUUCACUCUGCAACUCUUUAGAAAUUAGUAACUCGCCUGACGACAACUCGCUCCAGCUUCAAUCUGCUGUUCUCGAUGACAACGCUGUCAAUGCCGACGAUGAUGGAGUGAAGAUCGGUCACGAGGGACGAAGCGAGAACGACGAAGAGGGCCACCUGGCUUAUCACAUCGGCCUUGUGAUGAAAGAAAGAUAUGAGGUGGUAGUUACUCUGGGAGCAGGAGCCUUUGGAAAAGUGGUGGAGUGCAUCGAUAGAGACAAAGAGGAGCGUGUGGCCGUGAAGAUUGUGAGGAACAUGGAUUGUUUCCGUGAAGUGGCGAGGUCUGAGAUCGCAGUGCUGGAGGAGAUCAACAGCCUGGAUGAGGACAACACAUUUGCCUGCGUGAGGAUGCUGGACUGGUUCGAGCACGAAGGUCACAUCUGCAUCGUGUUCGAGCUGCUCGGCCUCAGCACCUUCGAGUUCCUCCGACAGAACCGCUUCCUGCCGUUCAACGUGGAGCAGAUCAGACACAUGGCCUUCCAGAUCUUCAGAGCCGUCUGCUUCCUGCAUCGUAACCAGCUGACCCACACUGACCUGAAGCCAGAGAACAUCCUGUUUGUCUGCUCCGACUACGACCUGCAGCACAACCGGGAGACGAAGCGUAAGGAGAGGAAACUGAGGAGUCUGGAUGUGAAGGUGGUGGAUUUUGGCACCGCCACGUUUGACCACGGACACCAUGAAUCCCUGGUGUCAACGCGCCACUACCGAGCUCCAGAGGUCAUACUGGAUCUGGGCUGGAACCAGUCGUGUGACGUUUGGAGUCUGGGCUGCGUUCUCAUGGAGUUUUACCUCGGAUGUACACUAUUUCCGACCCACGACACUAAAGAACAUCUGGCCAUGAUGGAGAAAAUCCUGGGACCGAUUCCCCCCCACCUGCUGAAACAGACCAGAAAGCAGCAUUACGUGCACAACGAGCGUCUGAACUGGGACGAGCAGAGCUCCUCUGACGACUACAUCGGGAAACACUGUAAACCUCUCAAGCAGUACAUGCUGAGGAAGAGCGAGGAAGAGAGGCAGCUGUUCGACCUGCUCGGCUGCAUGUUGGAGUACGACGUGUGCAGACGGAUCACCCUGGAGGAGGCGCUGUGGCACCCGUUCUUCAGCCCGCUGAGGACAGCGAAGCAGCGCAGCUAACACACACACACACACACACACACACACACACGCACACACAUACAGUCAACUUAUACCUCAGCCUGUCAUUUUAGCGUUGCGAUUACUGAACUGUUUGUUGUUCUGAGUUGAUGAGUUUCAGUUUUGUUAACAGUUUCAGAGAGCAUUCCUGUCUACUUGAAAUCAUUUUAAAAAAUCGAAUCAUGAUCCAACAUGAUUAUUGCAUGUUAUUUUUGUAUGUCAGCAUGUUAUUGUAAAAUGUAAAGUGUAAUACAGAGUAUAUUUUCCUUUCAUUGAUUCUUAGUAUUUUUGUCAGCAGUUUGUUAAUAAAUAUUUUGCAUUUUGGUGUGUCUUAAUUAUUUUUUUUUUACUUAGAAAAAAGUGUUAUUCCCUUACAUGAAGUCAUUUUAAUGUAGACAAUUGCACAUUAAAUUUGGCCGUCAUUUCUGUCAUUUAUGAUAACAUUGUUCUCACUAAA